GCGGGCGGCUGGGCGGCAGCGCGGGGCAUGCUGGGAGCGCGAGGCGCUGCCCGGGGCUGCGAGAAGCGGAGCGCGGCUGUUUCCACCAGCGGGCUCAAAGCUGGAGAUCCCGAUGUGGCUAGCCAAGGGGCUGCACGACAGCAAGAGGAGGCUGAUCUCUGUGGAGCUGCCGAAGAUCUACAAGGAGGCCUGGAGGACAGUGUUCAGUGCUGAUGCCAAUGUGGUCGAUUUGCAUAAAAUGGGGCCAUACUACUAUGGAUUUGGCUCCCAGCUCCUGAACUUCGACAACCCAGAGAAUCCCGAGAUAGCUCAGACUAUCCUGCAGACAUUUAUUAGCCGCUUCCGUCGUAUCAUGGACUCCUCUCAGAAUGCCUACAAUGAAGACACCUCAGGUCUGGUGGCUCGGCUGGAUGAGUUAGAGCGAGCCUUAUUUCAAGCUGGCCAGAAGGGGCUGAAUGACUUCCAGUGCUGGGAAAAGGGACAGGCUUCACAAAUCACAGUUUCCAGUCUGGUCCAGAAUUAUGGGAAAAGAAAAUUUACAGAAAUGGAUGGAUAAAGCCUGAAGAACAGGUGGUUGCAACAGAGGACACAGAGAAUGAUAAUCACGGAAAAGAAAGAUGAAUCAGCUUUGGGAAAGGACAGAUUCCCUGUCCAUUAGUGGCAGUUCUUCUCUCUGACAUCUUCAGAUUAGCCUGUGCAAAUUUUGAAGGCAGAUGGGAAGUGUAUUAAAAAUAGAUCACGUUGCUGGAUAGCCUUAUGGCUUACUCAUACCACUCCUGAAGAUGUGUGGUUAUAGUGCUUGCUAAGUGGCUGAAAGGAUAUGAGAGGAUUUUCUGAAAGGGUAAUUGAUAUUUAUCACUCUUUAUCUUCCAAAUUGAUAUUUGCAGUGCCAGAUCUGUUUGGAAAAGAAGUGUAAUUGUUUGUAUUCCAUCCUUCCCAUACCAGCCUCAUGGGAACAUCUGUUUCCAGCUUCUCUGUUCUUUUGGAGAGCCCCAGUUAUAUGAGAAAAGUGCCACAAACCACACUGAACUUUUCCCAUUUCUUAAGAGAUGCUGUCCAUGAGGCAGGGAUCCUUUUCCUCGAUGAUUUUUGUACACAUGUUAGUACCUCAGAGAAUGCUUCUCCACCUGUGUAGGUCUGAGGAGCUGCCUGGUCUUCUCUUCCCCCUCCAGCCUUUGUGGGAUCAGUGCUGUGAGUGAUGUUCCCAUCUGCUAUGAGUGCCUUUUGUGAUGGAUGCAUUUUUGCAGCAGAUGUUGAGCUCUUCCACUCAUUUUACAGGAGCAACAAAAGUUAGUCUGGACUGAGUCAAAAGCAGGUGCUUUAAUGGAAAUCAUCCUCCAUUAUCAACCUCUGUCGUCUGUUUUCCUAUGAGAAGUCUUCUGCAUACUAAGUUCAGUUACUAGUGGAGGGACAGAGCAAACGAACUGAGUUUCCUUCCUUCUGAUCCAUCUGCAAAAUGAUUCUAGUAAGUGUCAUCACUGCCAGUAGGAGAGAUUGAAGCUGGUACUCAUUGAACAGCCCAGUGGUUAUCAUCCUACAUGCAUGUCCUUCCUGCUCCAGGAGUCACUGGGAGACAACAGCAGUUCUGAUGCAAGACCCUCAAGAUUUGAUGCACCAAUUCUUGUAGGAGUUGUCUUUGCGUGUGUAUCUGGACACCAGAUUCUUCAGACUAAAGACCUGCAGUACAAAUAGUGCACAAUUGCUCCUCUGAAGCUUUGCCCUGGAGGUUGUGAGAGGGGGCAGGGUGUUGGCCUCAGCACCUGCUGGGGAGACAAACUGGAAAUUGUGCCUCACAAAGUACUUUGAGUAUGUACAGAGUCAAAUGCUGCUGUACAACAUAGCCUAGCCAUUUUCUUGUAACAUUUGUAUGUUUUCUAUUUCUGGAUUUUUAUGCUGAAUAAAGAUUUUUAAGGGGAAGUUA